AUGCAAAUCACCGCUUGGUGGAGGCUGGGAAUAGUGGUGAUCAAGCGGCAAAACUGCCAAGAACCAAUUGAGCCAUCAUCCGUCGUGACGAUUAAACAUGAAGGGGCAUGGAGAUUAGGGCUUUGGCCAGCUGCCAAUACGACAAUAAAAUUGGCCAAUGCUGUCGAGCCGAGAGAGGAAGGUAUCCAAAGGGGAGAUCAAAUAGAAGGGGAGGUGGUGGAGGAAGGAGCCCAGCACUGGAGACAGCCUCUGGGACCGCCUGGCCAACACCGAUUCCGCUCUACUGUUCAGUGCACUUGGCUCGGCUAG